AUGGCUGCCGAAGCUGUAGAUAAUUCUAAAAAUGAAUUUACAUCUGAAGCAUCUUUGUGCCUCACUAUAAAUAGUUUUCCAGCUAUUUGUGUUAUUACCCUCCGUCCCCUCUCCAUCUCAGGUCCGACAAGGUCAGUGUGGGCGACGGAGGGGGGCGUGGCUGACCUUCCCUGCAACUUGACCUCUCCCCUACUGGCUGACCCAGCCCUUCUGGUGCUCUGGUAUAAGGACGGAAUCAGUAAGCCCAUUUACAGCUACGACAUGAGGAACAGCCCGGCCAGCCACUGGAGGAACCCCUCCCACUUCGAUACCCGCGCCAACUUCCACACCGCCUCCCUCAGGUUACAACGGGUGCAUGGAGGUGACGAGGGUACCUACAGGUGUCGAGUGGACUUUAAAACUAACCCAACACUCACCUACACCACCAACCUCACUGUUAUUGUUCCCCCUCGACGUCUAGAAAUCUACACCGACCUCGGGGUGUUCACCCGGAGUGUUGUGGGUCCUUUUACGGAAGGGGAUACCCUUCGCCUAACCUGCCGGGCCAGGGGAGGCUCGCCGCCUCCUAGAGUCACGUGGUGGGAAGGGCCAACCCUACUCGACCUGGCCUCAGAGGUAAAAGAGGUACAGGAAGUGAGUAACUUACUGGUGGUGCCCGAACUGUCUCGCCAGGAUCUCCGUCGAGUCUUCACCUGCCAGGCCUCCAACUCCAACUUUACCGCUCCUCUCCUCGCCACGGUCACGCUAGACAUGCAUUUGAAUGAUUCACUGAUACAUAAUCUCCAUGGAUCAGCUGCGGUGAAGCCAUCUCCGCCUCCAGAGAAGCAGCAUCAGGAGGAAGAGCUGGUGAAGCCUAUCAUCGCCGUGGUGGCUGGAGUGCUGGGCUCCCUCCUUCUGGUGCUCGCCGUCGUCUGCGUCCUCGUCAGGGUGCAUUACGGGCGUCGCAGAGCGUGUGGGCGCGCAUCGGACCCCGUAGGAGGCGAGGAGGAGGCCAAGCUCUCACCCACGACUUUAAAAGACCUGCCGCCUCCUUCAGCGUCUUCAGGGGCAGAAUCAUGGGUGGUGGGCAGUGUUACAACCAUCAGCUCGGCGUCUAUGCCCACUACUUAUACUACCCUUCCGAGGCCCUCACACCUGACCACGCCACCUAGUUAUCAGCCGUGUGGGACGGAAGACGUGCAGUAUAACGAGCUGCUGCUUAGUGGAGCAGUGAGCACCUCCAGUAUUUCUCACCACCACAACGACACCAUAACACAUUCUCCAAAUCCCCACCUCCACCAUCACCACCAUCAACACGAUCCUACAGCUCAUUCUCCAAUCCUCUCUCACCACCACCUUCACCACCAAGAGUCCUGUGUGGAUCAUUCCCCAACACAUCCUCAACCCACUUUAGAAGACACCCGCCCCCACUACCCUCAUUCCCACCAACAACACCCAUCCUAUACCCACCCUCUCGCUGCAGUAGCUGCGACAUCACCCAUACAUACCGUCCAUACGCCCACGCCGCCCAUUCUUAGCGGACGCCCACAGGCAGGACAACCUAAACUCUCCCAGUGGUCUCCUUCGUCAACGUCUAUAGGUGGAAGACACUCUAUCAGGCGAGAGCAUCACCUCUGUGACACUGAGGCAACUGUGCCGCUCAUGACCAGCCAGAAGGAGAGUUCUGUAUAAGAUCUGCUGCGCAGCUAGAGACUCGCUUUAUGGUCCAGAUCAUGACACUGAACUAUGAAGUACAUGCAAGUAUAAAUAAUUAUGCGAGACAUGUUCUUGUGAAUACCAAGACAUUCUUAAAUCGACCACGUCCUUGUGAAUGUAGAAUAUGUCUUAUCAAGACACGUUCUUCCGAAUCCUAAGAAAUACUAAACAAGGACAUAUUCUUGUGAACGUAAAAUUUUGUAUUAAAGACAUGUCCAUGGGAAUCCUAAGAAAUAUUUAAACCACUUUCUUGUGAAACCUAGAAAAUACUUAUUCAUAUCUCUUGGUCAUGGAUCUGGCCGCGGGGGCGUUGACCCCCCGAAAGACCCUCGAGGCAUAUCUCCAGGUAUCUAAGAAAUAUUUAUAUGUCCUUCCAACUCCUUGGCGGUUCUUGAUGAACGUGUGACUCAAUCGUUUUCAACUGUCUAACAACUCUAAACAAGGUAUAUUGAUAGCAACAAGCACUGUGUUAUGUUGGAAUUAGAGAUACUGAAAACAGCUAGAUAUACAAAUACGAAAGUAUAAUAAACAUUGAUCAAUGGUACAAGUGAGCCAACAUGAAGAAGAGGAUACAGAAGAUAAGAGUAGUACUAACUACUUCGGCCUCAACUGAGGCCUUCUUCAGGAAUCUGCUAAAUAAAGUUUCAGUGGUAUGCCUGGAUACAUAAUAUUCCUGUUAAUUUCUGUCAUGUUUUCUCGCUCAUUCACUUGUUCGAGAUAUCUGUAAUCUACAGUGUUCAAGUGAGGUUGAACAAAAAUGAGUAGUGUGGUAGCUGCAUCGCUGCCAACUGUGCUUUGUGCCUUGUGCUGAUAAACACCGCUGAUAUUAUAGGUCAAGGUAAAGUAAAUUCAGAUGGAAAGUCUUAAGAAACUGAACACUGCUCUUUGAGAUUUUCAAUCGCCCCGAAUCUUUUUCUUUUCAUUACCACCCCUCGGCUUCACAAUCACUUUGUUCCUUCACCCUUCUACGCUACCACUUUGUCCCUAGACCAACCUCCCCACCACCAUCCUUCUUCCCUUGCCAUCUUUUUCUUCCACACUGCUUCGAUCCCAUUCUUUCUACAAACCCACUCCUCCACAAGCCCUCCACUCCAAAAACCUCACCUCAACCCCUCCUUAUCGCCAAACCAUUAGCAAAUACUAGUUAAAUGUUGAAAGCUCCCUAACAUUUAAAUAUAAAAAUAAACAGAAUUAUACUUUAUGCUCCAUUUAAUACGUAUCUUUACUCAAAAAUAUGUCUCCGAUAGAUCACUGUUUUAAUUUUCCAUCUUGCGUUGAACUGUAUUAAUAUUCGUUGGCUCUCCUUCACUGGUAAACUUUGGCAGCAAAUGACGAACUUGAGGCUUUGAGAAAGGAAUGACACAGGCAUUCCUGCCUGGAUGUUCGCUCACGGAUGAGCGGCGUCUGAUCCGCUCGCUGAUUGGGCAGGAAUCUCAUAAUGCAGCCAGUACGGGAUUGAUUUUCUCCGAUUCGUAUCAGCUUUUAGCCUUGAUUCGGUAGCUACAUUUUAAUCAUUCACUGUUACGUCAGAGCACAUGAGCCAAUCACAGACUGAGGUUAGUAAGUUCAGUCAAUCAGCCACACAAACUAUCAGUAAGUUACGUCAUAAAAUGGGGUUAGAGCUCUUUUGUAAAUCACACAGUUAUGUUCGAAUCCAUUUGCUAUUAAACUGAGGUUAGGAUGCCCUAAAUAUUCAGAAAAUAAGUUUGGCAACCCCAUUCAUACAAAGAGGUUAGAAUCCUUAACCAAUUUACCUUAACCAAUUUCAGAAUGAAAUAGAAAAUUUCCAUUAAGCAAUAUCUGUGGCGCAAUGGUAACAUAGUUACCUCAGGCACACUGAGUUGGCGGUUCGAUGCCUUUGCAAAACAUUCCUCCUAUCAUACCAAAUUUUAAAUCAUUGAAACAAGCAGAAAGUAAUGUACGAACCUCGGCUAACCAUAAGAAUUAUAACUCAUAAAUCGAAUGCUAAAUUGAAAUCCAUUCGGUGAUUGGAGAACCAUAGUCUGCCAAUCAGCGUGCGACUUUAGUGAUCACGAAAGCAAAAUCUCUUCAUUAGUUGAUGCUCAACUCUCAACGUGGAGGAUACGCUGUCCUUUUCUAGUCAUGGAGACGGGAAAAAUGUGAAAAUACUCAUGAUCCUUGUCAUUUCAAUAUUGUAUAUGUUCUCUGUAUUGCCGACGUUGAUCAUGCUUGUUAUAACCUUCCUGACGGAAUCUGUGCUUAGUGUUUUGUUCAUUGAAUGUUCGACUCGCUGCCACAAUGACUAAGGACAAUAGAUGUUUGUUAUACAAAAAAAAAUAAAAUGAAAACAUAUUUUACUGGAAAUGUCUUCUGUGAAGACGGAAGAUCUGUUCUGCUUUACCUUUGUAAAUGUUUGUUUGUAAAGCGUUGCUUUCAAGAUUAUAAUUGUUAUCAAUUGUAUAACAUAUUUAUGGAACUCUUCUGCUCAAUGUUUAUUGUCUUAUAUAUUAUGUGUUUCAAUUGCUACUUGCCAGACCUGCAGUCUUAUUUUAUGGUUCAUCCGUUGCAUUUACAUUCUAGCAAGAUGAGUAAACAUAACGCAGUGGCUUUUGUUCUUCCUGACAGUACUGAGUGAAGCUAACACUAAGAGUUUUAAAGUACUGACAGCAGCAGUCACUGGAAUCUGACACUGCUGAAAGCAGCAGUCACUGGAACCUGACACUGCUGAAAGCAGCAGUCACUGGAACCUUACACUGAUAACAGCAGCAGCCUCUGGUAUCUUCCGUGUCAUAUACGUUAACACUAUUGCUUGACACUGUAGUGAUGUAAAUGAUUUAGAAAAGCGAUAAGAUGAAGAAUGAGACACUUGGGAAUCUUCACUGAGGAAACGCUUCGCCAGCCACUGGCUGGCACAAGUGUCUCAUUCUACAACUUGACAAUGUUCUUCAUAGCUAACACGAGUGUGUAGUAAGAGGUAACUCAAGUGAUCAGCCUGGCUGCUGUGUGUGUAAACACAAUUUCACCAACACUGCCACUUGUCUCAUGUUUCACGUCUUCUUUCGGAAGUUAAUUAUAAAUUCCAUUAUUAUAAUUUUCGUAAAAAAAUAAUUUUAAUAGAUUGACGCACAUAAUCUUGGUUCUUCUUAAUUAUAUUCCUGUGUAUUGAUUCAUUGGAGACACAGGGUAUAUACUCUGAGGAUGUAUGUCUCUUGGUGUAUAUACACAGUUGAUUCUUAUCUCUGUUUUAAAGUAUUUUUU